UUGAAUGCCAUCAGUUUUGUUUUGAUCGUUUUGACUUUUGAUGUAGACCGUUUUGAAACGUGUGUCAUCGUCGUUUUCUGCUGAAAAAUUUCGUUUAUUACUAUUAACAAAGUUGAUUGGAGAAAAUGGAAACCCACGUUCGAAAUUUUCGAGAUCGGUAUGAUAACUUGGCACUGUUGGUGAUUUCAAAUUGUGUGAAAUUCUCCAAAAACGCGUCCAACGCCCGUGAAGAGGAGCAACGGAAAUUGAAAUACAGUGAAGACUUGGCCAAACGAAUUGCUGAAACGGAAGCACAAACGGCUUUAGUUGCAGAAGGAGAUUUAAAAGUCCAAGACAAAAAGAAGAAAGUCCUUCAGAAAAAUGCUGAACUGAGGGCAAAAUUGAAACAAGAAACCAUCAAGGCUGAUGACCUGCAGUCGGCAGCUCAAAGGGAGCGAUCCAGGAUAGAGAAAGAAGAGCAAUUCUCCAAAAAGAGUCAAGAUAAAGCCAAUGUACUCUUGAAACCAUAUCACGAUAUCUUGGGUGUGACUUUCCAGAAUAGCACAGGAUCUGAAGUUUCCCUGAGGUUCAUUUUCCAGAUGCCAAAUGGCAAGAAAUGUAUGGUAAAACUGGCAAGGAAUGGACUAAAAAUUGUCAAGUGUACCCCUAUGCUUAAAGAUCUGGAGAAACUGGAAACCCAACUGGCCAAGACUAACGAUUUUUCAGGCUUUGUGGUCCAUUUACGGUCACUCUUUAUUGAAAAAUUCACCUCUUGAAUUACUAUAUCCUCGCAAUUUUUGAAUACUAAAGCCAUGCACGAAAGUAAUGUAUGAAACGUGUGUAAUAAAUUCAUUAUUUCUUCA